AUACGCCAUUUUACGACUAGGAACUGUGUUGUGUAGACAAAACAGUUCCAGGUCCGGAAUUUAGUGACUGAGAAGUCGAAAAUGUCGGACGAUGAGAAAGAUAUGGAGAUGGGCGAGGAAUGGCACGGGCAAAUGGGGGAGGAGGGAGACCUGAAAAGUCAAAAUGAAAGAAUAGCGCCGUACCAGCUAAUGAACAGUACCGGGGGGCUGUACCAGACUGACUAUAUCACUCAGCUGAUGAGGUUCCUGUGUAUCGGAACAACAGGCGGGACAUACUACACGGGGGAGGCCGAACUGACAAGGGAAAACGCACGCUGUAUUGAUAGGUUAAUCAACGGUGGGAAAGGCAAAGAAGUGGUAGAGUUGGUUCGUGAAUUCAGUGUGGAGAAUCGAGCAUGUAAACAGCGACCCAUUAUGUACACCCUGGCUCUCUGUUGCCGCUCAAACGACCCCACAACAAAAGUAGAGGGUUAUAAAAUUUUGUCUGAUGUAUGCCGAAUCCCAACGCACCUGUUCGAAUUCAUCAAGUACUGCGAGGAGGAAAGCGCGGGAACAGGAUGGGGACGUGCGCACCGCCGAGCCAUAUCUAAAUGGUACUUGAAUUACGGGAAUAAGAAAGAUGGGGGAGCAUUUCUUGCUCUUCAUAUGACGAAGUACAAGAAUCGCUUUGGUUGGAGCCACAAAGAUAUCUUCCGGCUCUGUCAUAUAAAACCGGAACAGGAACACCCCGAGAUCAAGUACCUGAUCAUGGUUACCACGAAAGGAAAGAAGAAAACAGACGAAAGCGACUUUGUUAAACAAGAAAAGGGAAAACCAGACUUUGAGAGCUCUGAACUCAAGAAGGUAAUGACCUUUAUGGAUGCAGUAGCUCAGGCUGAACGUUGCACAGACGCAGAAACCAUGAAACGCUUGAUACUGGAGCAUAACCUGACAAGAGAACAUGUUCCUACUGAUUUGUUGAAGUCAAAGGAGAUAUGGAAAGCUCUGAUCAAACAUAUGCCUAUGACAGCAAUGAUAAGGAAUCUUGGAAAAAUGUCCCAUUUGGAGCUGUUGGAGCCAGGGAGUUUUGAGGAAGAGCUGACUAUCCAGAAACUGACAAACCAGGAAUUACUCAGACGCGGGAAGAUCCACCCAUUUACACUGUUGGUAGCUUUGAACCAGUACAAGAAAGGUCACGGAGAGCUUGGGAAGAUGAAGUGGAAUAAGAAUGUUAAAGUAGAAAGAGCUUUGGAGGAUGCGUUUUAUCUGUCAUUUAAGAACGUGAAGCCCACAGGGAAAAGAUUCUGCCUGGCUGUCGAUGUCAGUGGGUCCAUGAAUGUACCCGUAAUGGGCACUCCAACCAUUUCGGCCCGGGACGCCGCGGCAGCCAUGAUGAUGGUCACUGCUCGGACGGAGCAGAAUUAUGAAGUGGUGGCGUUCUCUGGUGGACUCACUCCACUGGAUAUCAAAUCUUCAGACAACCUAGACAACGUUUUGGACAAAUGCGCCUCUCUGCCUUUCUGUGGUACCGACUGCUCUCGCCCUAUGAUGUACGCCAUGGAACAAAAGAAGAAAUUCGAUGUCUUUGUCGUCUACACAGACUCCGAAACCUACUUUGGAAGAAUCCAUCCAUCAGAUGCCCUUGUGCGUUACCGGAAGAUGUCGGGGAUAACACAUGCGCGAUUGAUCGUCUGCGGCAUGGCCAGCAAUAAGUUCACUAUCGCGGAUCCUAAUGACCCCAUGAUGAUGGAUAUCGUUGGUUUUGACACCAAUGCACCGCAAGCUAUCCGGGAAUUUGUCAUGGGACAUAUUUAAAAAGCUUGUUUGCCUGAUACAAUUGAGAACAGCAAUUUUGAUUGCCUUAUGAUAAUAAAAAUGUGUAGAUAGUAAGCUUUCCAAGCAGGUAAAAGGUACACGAUUUAAAUAUUUUCAUUUUGUUUUGAUAUUGACUUAUUUUUAUCAUGUUUAAUAUUAACGUAAGUAUUCGAUCAUGUUUAAUGACGUAAGUAUUCCAUCACGUUUAUUGAAUUUAUAUCCAUUAUUCAUUGCUUAGUACAUUUAUGACAUUAACUUCAGAAUUUACCAUUUUCCUCAUUCUUAAUUGUUAUUUUUUUUUAUAAGGAAUUCAUGAUCGUCAUCAUCUGGUUUACCGGUCUUGUAGAGUAGGCAUUCCCCUCUAUAUUCUUUCCGCCUGGAAAACUGGCUCUCCAGUAGGACCACCCCCGGAAAAUUGACUCGGAGUAGGAUUUUCA